GCGGGAAAGGCGGUGGAGUGGAGGAGAGAGCAUAGAGAGAGCGACAGGGAAAUCGUGAACCUUGGUGAAAGCGGACGUAAUGUCAAAAAAAAAUUCCACUAGUACCACAAAGUAUUCCUAUUAACAAUAGUUUAUUAACCUUUUUUGACACACUCAAAACAACCAUAGGUCGAAGCUUUGACCAUUAGUUUAUUUAGUGACCAGAUAAACCUCACGUAGAAAUUCUGAUUAGUGUUACUUAAAUAUUGAUUAACAAUUGAUAAUAUUGAAUAUCAUCAAAUAUACUAUAUUCUCGUCAAGUCUUAUGGAACUUUCCGUUCUACAACUUCAGGUUUUCUGACUUUUUUGAGUUUGACGGUGGUCGUUAUUUUUCUUACUGACGUACUCGUGCGCUAUGAUGUUCGGACCAUCGCCACCCACUCUCAAAAAGACCCCCCUGCUAAGUGCAGCUUCUCAGCCCAAAGCAUGCAACAAUUCCAAAACUUAUGUGUUUGAACUCGAACUGGCUGAAUCCAACGACAAAACAUAUCCAGAGUUCUCUUGGGCAGAUCUUGUGAAAGAUGCCAAAGUUAAGGAGGUGCCAGUGAAAAAUGUAAAACAGGGAGAAACCUUGCUAGACCCAUAUGCUUCGGACGAUGAAGAUCAAUUAAAAGCUUUAGCUGCAAGACUGGAAGAAAAGUAUGGAGGCCAGUCGUCACCAUCAUCAUCCAAGCCAUCGAAAAGAAAGAAGCAAAAACUGGACGAUUGCAUUGACAGGGCAGCAGGAUACGACGAGUCAGAUUCCUUCAUCGACAAUACAGACGCUUACGACGAGAAAAUACCGAAACAGCUCCAACCAGCAUGUGGUGGAUUUUACAUAAAUUCCGGACAACUUGAUUUCAAGGAAGUUGAAAUUUCAGAGGAUGACGACAACGACGAUGACGAUAGUGUAGAAGACAUAAUUAUAAAGAAAAAGAAAGUUACAAAUCCUGCAAAAGUUAAAUUAACUAAACCCGAUGCAAGUUUCAGUCCAUAUCCGAAAUCAGGAGAUCAAAUUUACAAAAAGCGUAAAAUAUCUGGUGAUGCCACACCUCUAGGUCUUCAACCAAAGUCUGCAACAGGAGCAAAUGAGAAGCCUAAAUUGCCCAAGACGGAUAAUUUAACAUUGGCGACUAACGAUUCAACUAAAAAGCGAGCACGGCAAAUCUCUUCCUCCUCUAGUUCGAGCUCAGAGACGUCUUCCUCAUCCUCUGAAGAUUCCUCAAGUUCAAGCGAUAACAGAAAUAAAAUGGAAAGCCAACAAAAGUCUAAAGCAGAUCGAAGAGAACCUGAAGUAAUAAUUUUGCACUCAACUAAGCCAACACAGAAGAAAAGGUUGGAUGGCUCAUCAUUUAAUAAUACUGCAGUGUCAAUUAAACCAACAACUUUGCUUCCACGUAAGCCAAGAGUAAAAAACGUUCCACUAAACCCAAAUUUAAAAAGGAAAGAUGUGCCAGGUGCACUCCCCCUAAAACCUUGUACAACCUUACCUCCAGUCACAAUUACUCGAAAAAUUUUAAAUCCUAGAGAAUUUGUCAAUUCUAAAUCAAUUUCUCCAGCAACAGUGAAGAUGAAAAACGCUACCAACAUUAACAUUAGUAAGCUUUCACCAGCGUCAUCGUCACAAGUUAGUUCCUCCGUACUCCAGUUAGGAACCAAAAUAUCUACCCCUAGUGUGAUAAAGGUUCCCACACCAAAAUCCUCGUUUAGUCCAUCACCCACUAUAGUGGCAACAUUGUCUUCAAUCCUAAGUCAUGCGAGCCCUAUCGUGUCAACUCCUCCUGGGUCUACAUCGGCGUCACCAUUAUCAAUAUCAUCCGAACUAGCACAAAUAUUCUCUGACAUUCCUCAUCAGUCGAACCAGCAACUUCAGCAGCAAAUUUCAAACUCAGGAGUAACUUCAUCUGCAAAUUCUAUUUGUAGCAAAAAUGUCUCUACACCAAAACCAAAGCAUUUAACGUGUAACGUGUAUUCUGAAGCAAUGGCAAAGGAUGCAUUAAGAAUAAUUUCCAAUGCAUCGAGUUCAAUACAGCAGCAGCAGAAGAAAUCUGAAAAGAGAUCUCCUGAAUUUAAACCACUCCCAAAAUUGAAACAUAAAAGCGGUUUCACGAUUGAAAAGCAGAAACAACAGACGCAUUCCCCAUCUCCUCCCCCGUCAUCUUUAGCAAAUGCAAAAUCCGUAAGGAUAAACCCAAAGCAUUUAGUAACCACGUCCACCUCCAACUUUACUGCAAAUACACAAGUAUCUUCGUCACCCCAUAUUGCAACCAUCACUUCGUCUACUUCUCAGCCGACAUAUAAUCCAGGCAGUGUUGAAAUAACCAAAUUAAAGAAAACUAUGAUGCCAGCAUUGGGGUCAGGGAUUACUGUCACAGAAGUCAGAGGAGGAGGGGGAGGAGAGAAGUCGUCGUCUGGUCCAACUAUAGGAAUGGCAACUAUAACUGCAACAACGGGGAAUAUAAUGUUUGGUGGUAAAGGCUCCUCGAAUCUGAACCAUAAUCAACAACUAAAUUCUCAAGCCUCAAAUUUUAAUUCAAAUACAAGUAACAUUCAAUCUCCUACACAAAAAGUCUCGGCUGGCUCAAGCACUUCCACGUUACGUAAUCUGACUAGUGAUCUUUCCGAUCGUUUCAACAUUGGAAAUUUUAUAGUAAACAAGCAGAAUAAUAAAUUCCCAGGUUUUAUCACAUCUUAUGACGUUAGUGCACUAUUAAGCGGCUCAAAAGACCUUCCGGAUAUUCCCAGUUCCAGUACAAACACUUCUGCCGCAGAGUUUAAUAAAUGUCCUAACCCUUCUACUUCCAACAAUUCAUCAUUAAAUCGAAAAUAAUUUGCACUUCUUUUUUGUCAACGUGUACUUAUAUUUCCUUUGCAAAAUUAUGAUCUGAUGUAGACUUAUUUUUAUUCUAAAGUUACUAUUUUUUAAUUGUACUUUAAUAUAAAUGGACUGAGUAAUCGAAAAGUAUUAAUAAAAGCAAACAACAUA